GUGGUCCUGCACCUGUGGGUCAUGAUUGUUCUUCUGACUUACACACCUGAAAUGCACGGCCGACCUGAUGGAAGAUAGAAGGCUUCGAGAUGAAGAAGUUGUUUUUCCUACAGUGUGAGGAAGCUGCUGGAAUAUGGGCUCUGGGACCGGACUUCUCCCUGUUUUGCACAGAUAAAUUAUAAACUGAAGAUAUUUCUUUAAAUGUAUUUUGGUGUCCAGUUGAGGAUUAAUGGCUGACUUUAAGUUUUAAUGUAARUACAGAGUGAUAUGAUGUGUUGGUGAAUGAAUAUUCAGAAAUGCUCUUGCUUUUCAUCAUAUGCUCCCAGUUCUGUUCUUUGAGAAACGAUAUUUAACACCAUGUAAAAACAAUCUUUUAAUAAAGAGCUUCAGUAGGGUGUCACAUACGGCACAGUAUUUCUACAUAAUUAAGACCCAAAGCAUCAGAUUAUCACAUGAUACUAGAAGGUAAUUAAUACAGACCGUAGUUUAAUUCUCCUUGUUUUUAACAUGUAGUGCUCUAAGUUCAAAGUGUACAAUCAGUAUUUCAGAUAAAUGUUCUGACACACCUGUCUCUUCAGGAUGAAUAGCACUGAUGUUUGACAGGUUUACAAAGAAAAAAACAUUCAGUUUUCUGAAGAUCAGGUGCAGGUUUGGAUUUUCCUCUUGUUUUAUUAUUAACCAAUCAUCUGUGAAGCAGCGGGGUGGGACUGUCAUGUUUUCAACAUGUUUACCACAUCUUGGGACAACAUCUGGCAACGUUUGAUUAAAAAAAAACUCAUUUUAA